UCUAUGUGCGGUGAUGGAGAAUGUUUGUCACAAGUCUCUUGAGAAUACAGCACAUGCAGAAUUAGCCAUGGAAUCAACAGAAACAAAGCCAUGGGACACCAUUGGCGUCAGCAGCAAGAAUAUCACCAUGAGUGCCAGCCAGUACUCUGAGGAACAUGUUCUGAAAUGCACAUUCAACGCCUGUGAUCCAGAACAAACAGGGGAGGUGUCCGUUUUCCGAAUAAUUGAAUACUUACAGGAAAUGACAGGGCAGAGUUGUGAAGACUGGAGGCUUCACUCUCUCUAUAUAAAACUGGAUCCAGAAGAGAGAGGUGUUACUGUUGACUUUCCUACCUUCCAUCGAAUCAUGAAGGACUGGAUUGCAGAUUGCCGACAAGAUGGAGAAGAGGCAGUAGACCUGAUGAACAACAUCAAAGACUUGCAGCAGGGCAACAAACAGUUAGUCAUGCAGAACAUCAAAUUGCAAAGGACUAUCGAGGCUGCAGAAGAGCUCAAUUCCCGACUUUCUGAGGAGAUUGCUGAGCUGAAAGGAAAGCUGAGAAGCCUUUGUUACAGCACCCAGCAAUCCCUGGAACAAGCUAGAACAGUGGCAAAUGAAUUAGAAGACAUGAAGUUUUUUUCCAAAAAUUUGGAAGAGGAGAACAGCAAACUUCACACACAAAGCCGGCAGCUGGAAAAAGAACAGCAGCUCCUCUUAGUUCAAGUGGAUAACCUGCAGGAAGAGAACAGGAAGCUGCUUCUGGAAAAAGAAAACUCUAAGUAUAAAAUCAAACAGCUGUGUACAGAGAAGGCCAAAAUAAAGUCUCAGCUGUUUGAGUGUGAAAAUCUUAUCUCCUGCAAAGAUACUGCCCUUAACAAGAAAGAGAAACGAACUGAAGAGUUGACUGUGACCCUAGAUGAAUACCAAAUGAUGGUACAGGAAUUGAAACUGGAAAUUAACAGGCUUCAAGGUCAGCUGUGCCAUUCACAUGAAGAUGCAGAAGUGCUGCCAAGAAAUUGUCUAGAAAAUAUGAAGACCUGCAUACAGGCCUCAGUGCAGCCACUCUCUAUAGAGAUUGAAGAAACACGGAAAGAGUUUGAUGAAGAAGAUGGUCUGCCUAGCCCUUUGUGUGGGACGUUGCCAUUCUUUGUGGCACCUGCAGCUGCUCCAGAGGAAUUCGGAGCUUUGACAGGAGAUCUGGACCGCACACAAAACUCUGCACUUGAGCAUCCCCAGGCUGUAUGCACUACUCUUCCAGAAACCACAACAGGCAGCCCAGGAGAACACAGGCCUGAACUAGCACCUGAGGAACAAGCUUUAGGCCCCGUGCAUCAUGAGCUAAUGCCAACUGGUGGGAAGAAAUCACUCGACAAGUGGUUUGGUCUAAUAGAAUGGUUCCUUGAUGUCCCUUUAGGGUACGUGUUACUGCACAUCUUGCAGAAACUGGUGCUUCCUGGCCUCCUCCUUGCAUGUGUUUUGCUACUGGCAAUAGUCUAUUUAGUGCCACCCUAUGGCCACCAUCUUGUUUGGGUUGAACCCAGGGGAAAUCCUUGGCCUCAGCUACAACUUCAGUACCUGCGACCACCACCAGUCUAAUUUUGCCCCUCAAUUUGUGUAAAGGAAAAGAAGCUGACUAGGA